AUGUUCUUCGACAUGUUCAUCCGUCUCUCCCAUAUCAUCUCAUCUUCUUCCUCAACCUCUACCUCUACCUCUACCCACAAGAACAACAACAAAAAAUCAAAGAAAACCAUCUAA